CAAUGCGAGUGGAACGAAUAGUUUUGACUUUGAAAACUUAAAAGACAACUCGCUUCUCCCACGCAAAAUUUGAACCCCGUACCACUAUAUAUACAAAUAAUUUGUAGCUAAACACAAAGUUAGCUAAUUAUUAACAAGCUAAGAUAAAGAGAGAAACCAAAAGAAGGUCAAAAAUGGAGAUGGAUAAAAUGAUGGAAGAUUGGCCAACAGAAAAGAAGUUGAGUUGGAUGAGAUCACAGAUAAUUGGAGGGACUAGUUCAGAAUUUGAGUCUCCUUUUGGCAAUCGCCGAAUUACUUACGCCGAUACUACAGCUACCGGCCGUUCUCUUCAUUUCAUUGAAGAUUAUAUCACCGCCAAUGUUCUUCCUUUUUAUGGGAACACACACACAAGCGAUAGCUACGUGGGGCAACAAACUACAAAGACAGUGGAAGAAGCAGCAAGAUAUAUCAAACGAUGUUUAGGUGGUACAAAAGAUGAUGCAAUUUUAUUCACUGGCUCAGGCACUACUGCUGCAAUUAAAAAGCUCCAAGAAGUAAUGGGUAUAACUGUUCCAUCAACUCUAAGAAGCAGAAUUUUAUCAUCAGAAAUGUUCCUAAAGAAUGAAGAAAGAUGGGUAGUUUUCGUAGGUCCUUACGAGCAUCACUCGAACCUCCUGUCAUGGCGAAAUAGCCUUGCAGAAGUUGCUGAAAUCGCGUUAACGAAAGAUGGCAGCUCUAUAGACAUGGAAGCACUGAAAGCACAACUGGAGUAUUAUAAGCUUACUAACCGGCCUAUGAUGGGUUCUUUCUCGGCUUGUAGCAAUGUUAAUGGCAUUGUGUCCGAUACUCGAGCCAUUGCUACGUUGCUUCAUCAAUAUGGUGCUUUUGCUUGUUUUGAUUUUGCUGCAAGUGGUCCUUAUGUCGAAAUCAACAUGAGAUCCGGCGAAAUAGAUGGAUAUGAUGCUGUAUUUAUUAGUCCACACAAGUUCAUUGGUGGACCAGGGAGCCCUGGAAUCCUUCUCAUGAGCAAGAAGCUUUAUCAGCUCACUUCUUCUCCACCUUCAACUUGUGGAGGCGGGACUGUCAGUUAUGUCAAUGGCUUCAGCAAUGAGGACACUUUAUACUUGGACAAUAUAGAAGAAAGGGAAAAUGCUGGCACUCCUCCUAUAAUCCAGACGAUUAGAGCAGCAUUAGCUUUCUGGGUCAAAGAAUAUAUUGGCCCUAAAACCAUUGAGCAACAAGAGCAUAGCUAUAUGGCAAGUGCAUUGAAGAAACUAGGCAACAUCAACAACAUUACAAUUCUAGGAAACACGAGCGCGAAUCGACAGGCUAUCUUAUCCUUUCUUGUUUAUCCAGCUACUGAUCAGAUUAAGAAAGAAAUUCGAGUGCAAAAGGAAGAACGUAAGCCUCUUCAUGGACGUUUUGUGGCCAAAUUGCUUAAUGACUUGUUUGGAAUUCAAGCAAGAGGAGGGUGUGCUUGUGCUGGACCUUAUGGUCACUACUUGCUCAAUGUUGACAAGCCUUACUCUUUGGCAUUGAGAUCAUUGAUCCAACAGGGUUAUGAGGGAGUUAAACCUGCAUGGACGAGAAUUAGCUUCCCAUAUUAUAUGUCAAGAGAAGAAUUUGAGUUUGUAUUGGAUGCAGUAAAAUUUGUGGCAACAUAUGGACAUCAAUUUCUUACAUUAUAUCAUUUCAAUUGGAAAAAUGGGGAUUGGACCUUAAAAAAGGAGGCAUACGCGAAAGUCUUUAAUAAUGCAAGACACACUAUUGAAGAUGAGUCGAAAUUAGCUAGUUUCAUGCAACGCUUAAAGCUAAGGUCUAAGGGACCUUAUAACAAUAAGCAACAUAAAGAUCAAGAUAAAACUAACAUUAAUGAUACAGGUUUUAAUUUGAUACAAAAGUAUGGUUCAUAUAUGAAAUCUGCCAUCUUCAUAGCUUCUAUGGUACCAGUUGUCCCUGAGCAAUGUUCGAUUCCAGAAAAUUUCGACAUUGAGUUACCCUUCAAGAUUUAAAUACUUUGUUUUUCAUUUUGAUUAUGUUUAUAUUGAGCAGAUUAAUCUUUUUAUUCUUUGAUAUAUGUACAAAAUGUAAAUUCUCUUAUACUUUAAAGUUUAAUAUCAAUAUGUAAAGGUGAAUUUGAGCCAAUGUUUUGUAAAAAAAAAUGUAAAGAUAGAGAAAGGAUGAGAGAUAGAUUACAUGUACAAUAUGAGUUGAAUAACUAUACUUCGUGUUUUUGUAACUCUAUGAUAAUAACGCGGUGCACUGUUCAAAUGUUGCAUUUUGACUA